ACAGAUUUGAGUUUCAAGGUUUUUGUGAUGAAUCUAUUUCCUCUUUAUUUAUGGAUUUUAUUUAUUUAGUUUUGAACUAGUGAUAUGUUUAUUGCUGUAUGUUGCCAUAAAAUGCUGGUGUCACUUUGAAAAUUUAUAAAAAUACGGAUUAUUGAUAACUUCUCAAAUUCAAUAUUUUCUAUCUCUGAAUCUUAUGUAAUGUCUUGAGAUGCCUUUGGAUACAGACUUGGCUGAAAUGGUGCCAGAAGGAGAGUCUGGCAGGCCUGAAGAAGUACAGAAUGAAGAUUCUGUUAUAAAUGAAAAUGGACAACCUGACGAGCCUGAUCGUGAAGCUUUUGCUUCAGAUCUUGUUCAUGGUUCUGCCUCUGAACCACUCUCCAUGCCUCUUCCAGACUUGCUACCUGUUUCCAAUUCGGGCAAUCUUCCUGUUUCCAUUUUAGAACCUGUUCCUUCGUCGUCAUCACAAAAUGGACUCCCUGUUGAAGACUUUUUGGAAUAUGUCCGUCCUUUAGAGCAGCAAGGCAAUGCUUCGGAUGCUUUAGAAUCUAGUCAAUUUGGUACAUCAAUAACACGAAAAAAGCUUGUAAGAGAGAAACCAUUUUUCAAGAAUAGUCAAUCUGAGGAGGAAUUGACUUAUCAAGAUUUCUUUCGACAGACAAAUUUUAAUCGAUCUGAAGACUCAGACAAUGAUAUUGAAUCUUGUAUAAAUUCUAUGGAUGGUGCAGUGUCUUUACCACCAGGAACGGAAAUCACUGUAGACACUGACAACCUUUCUGAACAUUUGAAUAAGGGUUCGCUAGAUUCUCCCUGUCAGCCAAAAAAACCUUUUCGUUUACCAAGUUUGGCAAAUUUACUUGAAGUCGCUGAAGCACAAAGAGCAAAAUUAGAGGAAAAUGCUGAAGUGUUAUCUGAAUCAACGAACAGAGUUGAAAUGGAUGAAGCUAGAGGUCUUGAAGUGGAACGUAGGUCUUCAAACAGUAGCGAUGCUAGUAAUUCAGAUACUGAAUCUCAACAAGCUGCUGCAACACACAGUGGGACCAAAAAGAAACCAUACAACACCAAUGGCGUAGUAAAUAAAGACGACGUACAAUAUUAUCAUUUAUGGCGAAGUAGAGCUGGCAUAACGGCACCAGAGUCCUUGUAUGAAACUCUUUAUCCAAACCCGCCGCCACCAUUACCUCCAAGGGCAGCACAUAAACCUCUUCAUCGGAGUAAUGCUCUGCCUACAGUGGCACCAGAACUGCCACAACGUAGACAUCCACAUCGUAAUCCAACACCAUUUCAUCCAGAGGAUUGUUUUGGGUUUGAAAUCGUUGACGUGGACGAGACAUCAAGUUUAAAGUCUCGAACAGCUGUGACGAAGAGUAUAGCUUUGUUGAGUUCGCCACGUCCACAUCGUCCAUUAACAAGACCAGAACCAGUCCCAAAUCAAAAUCCUAGCCAAGCACAAAAUCAAAAUCAAACUGAAUGUCCACCUACCCCAACACAUAGACCGAAGCCAUUAGGGCCACUGCCUAUUUGUCGAAGAUCAAACACUUCUGUAUCUUCAGAAGAACCGUUACCGCCAUCUUGGGAAGCAAGAAUCGAUAGCCAUGGUCGGGUCUUCUACAUUGAUCACGUUAAUCGAACUACAACCUGGCAGAAACCUGGGGUUGCAACAAGAAACUCAGGGUGCGACUUUCGUCGGCAGCAGCUGGACCGUCGGUACCAGAGUGUUAGAAGAACAAUCUCUAGACCAGACAAUAUUGAUCGUGAAGCUGCAUUGUCAAGUCAGUCGGAUGCUCCUGGGAGAAAUCGAUCGGAACGUACUGAAAGUGAACCCUUUGACAUUACUGUAACACCACCUGUCCUCUUUCUCACCAGGCCAGAUUUCUUUACCGUACUUCAUACGAAUUCGGACGCCAUGAAGCUAUAUAAUCGUAAUCCUAGUCUCAAACACAUGAUUAGCCGAGUUCGUAGAGACCCAACGGUGUUUCCGCGUUAUGAGCAUAAUAGAGAUCUUGUUGCUCUCAUUAAUUUUUUCGCUGAUCCUACUAAGGAUCUUCCCAGAGGAUACGAAUCGAAGCUGGAUCGUACUGGAAAAAGAUUUUUCAUAAGUCAUUCAAGAAAGGCGACGUCUUUCAUUGAUCCAAGACUGCCAACGGAAUCCGCUCAUCCACGUACAGCGCUUGACGAGGCGCCUGUACCACCACCACGACCUCAGCAAUCUUCAGUUACCACAUCCCCGGACAUACCGGUGGCCUAUAAUGAUAAGGUCGUAGCCUUUCUACGUCAACCAAACAUUAUAGAUAUUCUAAAAGAACGUCAUGCUGCUCUUGGACAAAAUAUUGCCCUUCGUGAAAAAGUUAACACCAUCCGUGUUGAAGGCACAACUGCUCUGCAGCGACUUGGUCAUGACGUACCUUUAGCCCUUUUACUCAGUCUGUUUGAACAGGAGAUUAUGUCGUAUGUUCCUGGUAAUAUCGGAAGGUCUCCAAUAAAUAGCCCACAUGCUUCACCAGGAUUAACAAGAGCAUCAGCGCGUGCACCAGCUCCAUAUAGAAGAGAUUUUGAAGCGAAGCUCAGGACGUUUUAUAGAAAACUUGAAAGCAAAGGUUAUGGCCAGGGACCUGGAAAAUUAAAGUUACACAUUAGGAGAGAACAUCUUUUGGAAGAUGCCUUUACACGUAUAAUGGCUGCUUCGAAAAAGGAUCUACAAAAAGGAAAGCUCGUCGUAAUAUUUGAUCACGAGGAAGGCCUAGAUUAUGGAGGACCCUCGAGAGAAUUUUUUUUCCACCUCUCCCGAGAGCUCUUCAAUCCUUAUUAUGGUCUCUUUGAAUACUCAGCAAAUGACACUUAUACCGUCCAAGUCUCCCCGAUGUCAGCAUUUGUUGAUAACUACCACGAUUGGUUUCGGUUCUCCGGUCGUGUUCUGGGCCUCGCUCUUGUACACCAGUAUCUCUUGGAUGUCUUUUUCACAAGACCCUUUUAUAAAGCCCUACUUCGUAUUCCUGCAAGUCUCAGCGAUCUUGAAAGUUUGGAUCAGGAAUUUCAUCAGAGCCUCGUUUGGAUUAAGGAACGAGACAUUGGUGCGGAACCAUUGGAGUUGACAUUUUCGGUGACUGAGGAAUUGCUGGGUCGAGUUGCUGAGAGGGAACUAAAACCAGGUGGUCGUAAUAUUGCUGUGACUGAAAAAAAUAAAAAGGAAUAUUUGGAACGUGUAGUUCGUUGGAGAUUGGAGCGCGGUGUUGCAGAACAAACUGAAUCCCUUGUCCGUGGUUUUUACGAAGUUGUUGAUCCGAGAUUGGUCGCAGUUUUUGAUGCUAGAGAAUUAGAAUUGGUCAUCGCAGGUGCUGCCGAGAUAGAUUUGAAUGAUUGGCGUGCACACACCGAAUAUCGCAGUGGUUACCAUGAUGCACAUCCCGUAGUCGAAUGGUUCUGGUCCAGUAUAGGAAGAUUUACAAACGAACAACGACUGAGAUUACUUCAGUUCGUUACAGGAACUUCGAGCAUUCCUUAUGAGGGCUUCGCCGCACUACGAGGUUCUACUGGGCCCAGAAAAUUCUGCAUUGAAAAAUGGGGUCGACCUAACAGCUUACCCAGAGCUCAUACAUGUUUCAAUCGACUGGAUCUACCGCCGUAUCCAACGCCUGAAAUUUUAUACGAAAAAUUACUCCUAGCUGUGGAGGAAACCAAUACAUUUGGUAUUGAGUAAAGUAUCGAAAUCAAAAUAACCGAGUGUACAUAGGUAUAAUAAUGAUGAUAGCAGAGGGUGAGUGAUAAAAAUAAAAGGGAGAAGGAAGGGAACGAGUAAAAAUUAUAAAUUGCUAGAGACAACGAGAAUGUUGAAAGGAAAAAGAUCUAUGCAUUUUGUUGUGGCAUUCUCUUCUGAUUUCACUGGCACUUUCACACAUUACUGUCAGGCGAACUAAUUUCCUUUGAGUAGUUAACAAAGUAAUUUAGUGUAACCCAUUGGCUUUUAAAGUCAAAUAAUAAUUUUUUAGUCAGCAUUGCCAAGCCAUAUUUGUAGACAGUUUUCAUGGUAAAUGCAUGGAAUCUGUAAAGUUAGUUCCCAAAUAAUACUCAAAGGAAUCAGAUACCAGCAGGUAGUGCAUAAUUAUCAAGCGCUCAAAUAGUCGCACCUUCUAGGAUCUGAAUUCGUUUGAAUAAAAAGGGCAAGUCAUUCCUUAUUACAAUUACUAUCAUUCAGUAACAGAAAAUACGUAGUAUUAUUGUCAUUGCUUAGUGUGCUUAAUUUAUCUGUUUAAAGGACAUAUUGUGUAGUGUGCCAUGAGCACUACUGACACAUUUAAUAUAGGUUUACAUUUUUUAUAACGAUAAUUUGAUAGAUACUUUUCACUUUAAUGGCAUUAGAAAAGAUAUAACCUUUUUUUUAUAAUUUAUUCUAAUUAUAAGUCCAUCAGGGAUUCUGAUAUCUGGGUAUUAGUUCAAGACUAGACUCUCAAAUUGUUUUUGGACAGAUAUAUUAAUAUGACUUAAAAAUUGUAACUUUCCUUUAAGUUAAUUAUUAUAGAAGUUUAGUACAAGACUUACUAAAAGUUAGUUUUUAUUUUCAAUAGCGAUUACUCUCUAUACACCCUAGGUUCGAUGAAAGAUUUUAACGCUCAAUAUAUUGUUUAUCAAUAUGGCUUUAACCGUUUACAGUUUGCAAGCCAAUCGCCUAGUACAAGUACAACUUUCUAUGUUUAUUCCAAUAUUCCUACUCACCCUUCAACAAUUAUUUUCACUGAAUAAUAGCUAAAGCCAAUGGGUGGGAAUGGCAGCGAACUAAGGAACUUCGUUCAAAUAAAUCCUCGAACUAGUCACAUGUAUCUCGUAGGUAAACUUUACAAUCUUAUUAUAUAUAUACAUAUACAUAUAUAUAUAUAUAUUGUAUUACGCGAGCUAGUUAUGUUACUCGGAUCUAUAAUCGUGUUAAAGCGCUCUUGCUUUCCUGUUAAUGGAGAAUAAAGUACGCCUCGUUUUGUUAUAUUAUUGAAAAUGUUCCUCAGUACUCUUCUUGUAUAUUUGUAAACGUGUAUAUGAAUCUUGUCGUUAAACUGAUUGUUUUACUUAUAAGGAAAGUUAAAUGAAAAGAGAAAAUUGAAA